AUGAUUCCAUGUUUCUCUGCAUCUCUGCUUUCUUACAGCAGCUCUGUUCUGGCAACGGCCAAAUGGAAUCGCACACCCACCCCUGAAUUUGUUCUCUUGGGGUUCUCAGAGCAUGGGAAUGUCCAGGCUGUCCUCUUCAUGGUCUUCUUGGUGAUCUACGUGAUCACUCUGCUAGGGAACCUGGGGAUGCUCAUGUUAAUCAGGCUGGAUGCCCAGCUUCACACCCCCAUGUACUUCUUCCUGAGCAGCCUGUCCUUCCUAGACAUCUGCUAUUCCUCCUCCAUCACCCUCAGACUGCUCUCGGAUCUCCUAGCAGAAAGGAAGGUAAUUUCUUACUCCGCAUGCCUUGCACAAUUUUAUUGCUAUGCUGUGUUUGCCACCACCGAGUGUUACCUCUUGGCUGUGAUGGCGUAUGAUCGGUACGUGGCCAUCUGCACCCCACUGCUCUAUGCCAUCUCCAUGUCCAGCAGAGUUUGUACUCUGCUGGUAGCUGGCUCAUACCUUGCUGGGAUCGUGAAUGCCACCAUCCAUACAGGGUUUGCACUUCGACUGUCCUUCUGUGGUUCCAAAGUCAUCAACCACUUUUACUGUGAGGGACCCCCGCUUUAUGCCAUCUCUUGCACAGAUCCCACCAUCAAUGAGAUUAUAAUGUUCGUUGUGGUUGGCUUCAACCUGUUUGUCACCAACCUUAUCAUCCUCAUCUCCUACACCUAUAUCCUGUCCACCAUCCUAAGAAUGCGCUCGGCAGUGGGGAAACGCAAAGCCUUCUCCACAUGCGCGUCCCACCUGACCACUGUGACCCUCUUCUACGGAUCUGCUGCGUCCAUGUACUUACGACCCAGCUCCAGGCACUCCCAGGAUCUCGACAAAGUGGCCUCUGUGUUUUACACUGUGGUGACCCCCAUGCUGAACCCCCUCGUCUACAGCCUGAGGAACAUGGAGGUGAAGGAUGCUCUGCGGAGAGUGAUGCAGAGGAGACAUUCAUCUGAAUAA